CGCAGGCGCACAUGCUUUAGAACAACCCACGGAGCUGAGGAUUUCACAUAACACUAUGGGCCGCAAGAAGGUUGCUCCCGGGUCCAAGACAGAGGGCGGUCGUGUUCGGCGACCCCCUGGCCGCUCUCUGGAUGCUUUCGCUGAGGAGGUGGGCGCUGCGCUGCGCGCAUCGGUGCAGACUGAAGAGGCCGAGAACCAGAAUGGCCCGGGCCCUGCGGCGCUGCCUUGUGCCUUGGCUAUGUGGGAGCUUGGCCACUGUGACCCCAAGCGCUGCACGGGCCGCAAACUGGCCCGUCUGGGUCUUGUGCGCUGCCUGCGCCUGAGCCAAAGAUUUGGCGGUCUGGUGCUCAGCCCAGUAGGCACUCAACAGCUGGUGGCACAGUCAGGGAUCGCUGUCAUAGACUGCUCUUGGGCCAAAUUGGAUGCGACACCCUUUGGAAAGAUGCGAGGGAGCCACUUGCGGCUCCUACCUUACCUCGUAGCUGCGAACCCUGUCAACUAUGGCCGGCCCUGCAAACUUUCCUGUGUGGAAGCUUUCGCUGCUGCCUUCUGCAUCGUAGGCUUUUCAGACCUUGCUGUCAUUUUGCUUCGGAAGUUUAAGUGGGGCAAGGGCUUCUUGGACCUGAACCGACAGCUCCUGGAUAAGUACGCUGCCUGCCGUGGCCCAGAGGAGGUGCUAGAGGCUGAACAGGGGUACUUGGCUAGCACCAAGGACACCCCUGAGGAGGAGAACAUCGAUCCCUUUGACGUGGACUCAGGGCGGGAGUUUGCAAACCUCAACAGACCUGUGGCCAGCACCCGUCUGCCUAUGGACACGGAUGACACCGAUGAGUCAGAGGACCACAGCGAGGAUUCCGGGGAGGACAGUGAUGAGUGUGAGGAACAAGGACCUGGUGCUAAUGGGGACAGCAGCUACUCUCAAGCAGAAGAGAUCCCAGAACAAGAGGCUCAGGCCAGAGACUCCCCUGAAAUUUGGAAAGGAAUCAAGAAACGACAGAGAGACUGAAGGUUGCAAACAAUAUUAUUGAAGAUGGUAUGCACUAAUCAGAAGUGGCAGUAGGACCUGGGGACGGACUGGCCUGUUGGGACAAUUCUGGGACAGCCUUGUUUGGAGUCCUGCCUUAGAGCUCUCAAUAAAGCCAAGGAGGUGCCCCCAC